AGUAUCUGAAAUGAUUAAACAAAGGUUCAAACCUUACCGCCUCGUUACCACUGUCAGCCUCCACCGUGCCUCUUAGCAGGCGAAUUCUCCGUCCAUAUUGUCGCCGGAGACCGCUCCCUUCACCGCGCCGCUCAAUCCGCUAAACGCAUUACCACGGGACGCCGUGGCCGCCAGACGCGGUUCAUCUUCUCCGCAACCUCAACCUCGACGAAGGAGUCGCGCAAGACGCCAUUGUCUCCCAAGUAUCCGAGUCAUCGUCCAUAUCGUUGCUGGCGACCGCUGCCUGUACCAUGUCGCACAACCACCGAAUCCUGCUCAGUUGGGUUCAAUCACCACCGCGUCACUUCUCUCAUGGUCGCCGUCAUCUGCUCUGUUAAGGUCGAGAGCCACCGCAGCGCUCUGUUAGGGUUCGAGAUUUGUAUUUUAAGGUGUGAACGAACCUAUAAAAGGGGGACGAAAUUGGUUGGUAGAGACACACCAAGAGUGAGAGCUUUAGAACUCGAGAGUGGUAGAAAGUGGGUACGAGAAGUGAGGGUUCGAGACAAAGGGAGACGCGGAAGUGCGAAGCGAAAUGGUUCGAGUGAAAGGGAGACGCGGAAGUGCGAAGCUAAGUGAAAGAGGUUGCGACGUGAAGAAGAUCAAGUUCCAGGUUUGCUUCUUGUGUUGAUGCUGAUUCCUAUUGAUGAAAAUAGCAAAUUCACUUGAAAAUUAUCCAGACUUUCCGGUCAGGUGGAUCCAAGUGGAACACAGUUCGGGUCCUACACAUACCAACAUCAUACACAAGCAAUUGAUAUGUGUUUUCAAUCCACAACUACAAAUGCAAAGAAAAAUAGGGAAGUUAGUGGUGAACGAUUCUUCGAAGAGACUACAAAUACUUGUGGAGGAGAAGCUGAUAUCCCUGUUAAGGUCAUGUGAUACGUGCAUGCAGCUGCACCAAAUUCAAGCCCAAAUAGUCACCCAUGGACUCCAAAGCAAUGAUUAUGUCACCCCUAGUUUCAUCACGGCAUGUGCGCGUCUCGGUAGAAUGGGUCACGCUGGAAGAGUGUUCAACACAAUGGUGCAACCAAACGGCGCCACAUGGAAUGCCAUGUUCCGAGGCUUUGCCCUAUUGGAGUGUCCCUUGGAAGUUGUCGUUUUAUUCGCACAAAUGCAUCGCGCUGGUGCUUCACCAAACUGCUUCACUUUCCCAUUGGUGAUGAAGUCGUGUGCUCAGGCGAACGCGGUUAGAGAAGGAGAGCAGGUUCACUGCGUGGUGGCCAAACGUGGUUUUAAGUCAAACGCAUUUGUGGGAACCACAUUGAUUCACAUGUACUCCGUGAGAGGAGAGGUGUUCAUUGAGGAUGCUUGCAAGGUGUUCAGCGAAAUGCGCGAGAAGAAUGUCUUCGCUUGGACUGCGAUCAUCGCUGCUCACGUGGCGUGCCGUGACAUGGCUUCCGCAAGGCGUCUUUUUGACCUAGCGCCGCAGCGUGACAUUGUGCUGUGGAAUGUCCUCGUUUCAGGAUACAUCGAAUUGGGGGACAUGGUAGCUGCGAGAGCGCUGUUUGAUAAAAUGCCGAACCGCGAUGUCAUGUCAUGGAACACCGUUUUGAACGGUUAUGCCUAUAACGGUGAGGUGGAAUCGUUCGAGAAGCUGUUUGAUGAAAUGCCUGAGAGGAAUGUUUAUUCUUGGAACGGGUUAAUUGGAGGGUAUGCUCGGAAUGGGCUCUUUAACAAAGUUUUGGAGUCUUUUAAACGGAUGUUGAUGUUACCAAAACAAGAAGGGGAAGGUGGCGAUGUUGUGGUCAUUCCCAAUGAUUACACAGUUGUGGCAGUGUUGUCCGCAUGUUCCAGAUUGGGGGACCUUGAGAUGGGUAAGUGGGUGCAUGUUUAUGCAGAGAGUAUUGGGUAUAAGGGCAACUUGUUUGUUGGAAAUGCUUUGAUUGACAUGUAUGCAAAAUGUGGGGUUAUAGAGAAAGCACUUGAUAUGUUUAAUUGGUUGGAUGUGAAGGAUAUAAUAACUUGGAACACCAUAAUUAAUGGCCUUGCCAUGCACGGUCAUGCAGCUGAUGCUUUAAGUUUGUUUGAGCGGAUGAAGAGCAUGGGAGAGAAGCCAGAUGGUGUUACAUUUGUUGGGAUUUUGUCUGCUUGUACGCAUAUGGGGUUAGUGAGAGAUGGGUUUCUGCAUUUCCAAUCGAUGGUUGAUAAUUACUCAAUUGUGCCUCAGAUUGAGCAUUAUGGUUGUAUGGUGGAUUUGUUGGGAAGAGCUGGUCUUAUAGAUCAGGCUAUGAAUUUCGUGAGAAAGAUGCCAAUAAAACCGGAUGCAGUUAUAUGGGCAGCACUGCUUGGGGCUUGUCGGAUGUAUAAGAAUGUGGAAAUAGCAGAAGUGGCACUUGAGCAACUCAUUGAACUUGAACCCAACAACCCUGCAAACUUUGUCAUGCUUUCAAACAUAUACAAGGAUCUUGGAAGAUGGGAGGAUGUUGCCCGGUUGAAGAUUGCAACGAGAGAUACCGGGUUCAAGAAAUUACCGGGAUGUAGUGUUAUUGGGUGCAAUGAUAGUGUGGUGGAAUUCUAUUCCUUGGAUGAGAGACAUCCUGAGACAGAGAGUAUAUAUCGGACAUUGAAGGGAUUGACGACUCUGUUAAGAUUGAAUGGGUACAUUCCAAAUCUUGUGGAUGUUGCUCAUGGAAACUGAACGAGUAGGGAGGUAUCUUGAUGAUACCCAAAUCUUCAUGAACUGGCUCAGCAUUUGAAAGACCUAAUCAGUUCUACAGAUCAACAUCAAUUCUUCAAAUUCUGGGUCUAUUUUGAAACAGUGGAAGAGCCACGAGGCAAAAUCACAGUCUUUCAUCCUGUAGCUGCUUGUUGUCAAACUCAGUUAUCGUCAAAUUCUUGGUUGGUUGAUUCUCCUCACGCUUCUCGUCCUCUCAGUCAAGCACUCUUGUUCAUUUCUCUCUCCUAUUGUUCUUCCCUUGAAUGAGGUUAAGAAAGAGGCCUCUCUCAUGUUAUGUUAUCUCAGGCUUAUAUUUGCUUCUUGUGUUGAUGCUGAUUCCUAUUGAUGAAAAUUCGGUCAAAAAUUAUCCAGGUACAUAUGCAAGCACCUUUGCUGUGAAUUUCCCGUCAUUCUUCAUGUGGAAAAUAUGAAGGCCUUUCAUCCCAAUCGUGCUUAUGGGGAUCUUCGGAUUUGCCAAUUGGAGUUGUUGCAUUAGUUGACAACACAGGUUUAUGCCUCUUCCCAAAAUAAAAGUUCUUGCUAGCAGUGCGGUAAGAUUUUCAUAGACCCUGUUUUGUAAGAAGGUUAUUGAGGAUGUAAUUUAAAAAAUUUCUUAUCACACUUAAUAAAUAGGUUUUUCACACACCUUUUUUGAGACACAUAUGGAUUUCGUUGGGUUGGACUCCAGAGACAAGGAAAAGGUUUACCUCUCCCUUGGAUGCUGGCUACAGUUGUAUCUUAAUACCUGGUGGAGUUCAAGAAACAUUUCUCAUGAAGCAUGGUUCUGAGAUUGCCUUUCUUAAAGCAAGGUGAGGAUUUGUGCGCAUAGCAAUGGAGAAGGGCAAACCCCUGGUGUCAGUUUUCUGCUCUGAGCAGGUAUUUAUUUCUUGCCCAUGUCUAUUCUAAAGGAAAAAUGUUGCAGCUUUUGCUGACUCUCACAUCAACUGCACAACUGUUAAAACUAAAAUGUCGCUGGGUAUUAUUUCCUUAUCUGCUAAUGUUGCUACUUUAUGUUUUAGAUUUUUUCUGGAUUCAAAUAAACUAUAACUUCCCUUUUAGUGUAAUUUUGUUGUAGUCAAAUGUCUAUAAGUGAUGGAAACCAGGUGGGAAGCUAUUUCUGAGUUUUUCGAGGGCUGUCAAGUUCACCCCCAAUAUAUUUGGGGAAUUUUCGGAUCUCCGAUACCCUUUAAACAUCCACUGCAUAUGGUGGUGGGUAGACUAAUUGAACUCGAGAAGAAAGGGCAAGUGGCUACAGCUCACGCAAAUGAGGAAGAAAUACAAAGGUUAAUACUACAGGGGUGGGGAUUAAAACUACCAUGAAAUUAUGUUUUUGGGACUCUUUUCCACUGCUACCAUGGUGUUUUUUCAGGGCGCGUUCACGACGAUUACUUAGAUCCUCAUAGCUGGGGCGUUGCUCGGGAGAAUGAACAUCCUUGCGUGGAUGUUGUUUGCUCCUCUUUGGGUUACUUUUUCGUAUAUGGUCACUACUUUCAGCAUCUGGUGCCGCGGAGGGUAGUUGGCGAAGCUUGGAGUUAUCGAUUUCUCUGGUGGAUAUGUCAUUCACCUCUCUGCCGGAGUUGCCAGUUAUAUUGCAGCUUAUUGGGUGGGUCCAAGCAUGGGGCUCGCUUCGUCUGGCAAAAGGUUCGGAGGAAACUCCAUGGAUGACCCUUCGCAACGCCAAGGUUCUAUGAUCCAUUGCGCAUCUAUCGAACAACCCUAAAACUCAAAAUUUCAACAAUUUCAUUUUGAUCUUGUAAUUGCAGAGAGAAUAGAGCUUUCUGUAAUUGAAUUUCCAACUUUGCAAACUUUGCCCUUGUAACU